CUACUGUUCUAUAAAUUGUAUAUUGUAUAAUACUGUACCCAGAAAAAAAUAAAUAUAUAUGGGCUGAUGAAGGUAAUGUUACCAAAACAUGCGGCUUGUUAGAUGGCCGUGAUUGGCGGAAGUGAGGGCUUGUGUUGGUGGGCUUGAGUCACCAACUGGGCUCGAUCCAGUUGCGAGACAAAAGACGACUGCAAACUCGUCUCACUAUCGCACCGACAGCUCAUCAAUACCUGCUGCAAAUGACUUUGUCACAUCUUAUGUAUAUUUCUAUUAUUUAAAAAAAAAGACAGGUUAAAACACGAAAUAGCAGGCAAAAAUUCAUUUUUUCGCAAGUGUUUAAAUAAAAAAUGAACGACGGGCUUUUUUGACAAAAAUGUGACAAAAUAUUGUUUCUAUGGCAAUGCUAAAGUGAUUGAUAAAUAUGACGCAGAAAAAAAUAAAAAGUUGAAAUAAAAAGUAGUGAAGAACAAAGAUUUAUGGCUACCUGGGAAAAAUUUUAAAUUACAUAUUUAUAUUAUCUUACAGACAAUUUAAUUUGCUUUUAUAUUCAAUAAAGAUUUUUGAAGAAAAAAACAGAAAUAAAACAGAAAUAAUGAAUAUACUGAAUAUGUGUCUAUAUCCUUACAGUAUCCAUAAUCUGCUCUAUUAUGAACAUUCAGAUUUGUUCAAAGCGCACCACAUUACCACCAUUCUGUGCGUAAUACAUUGGGAUAAAUCCAGGUUAAAAUUGUUUUUAGAAAAUCAAUAACCAUUAACUAACCAAUAUAACACGCUAUGUGUGGCAGCUUGUUUAUUAAACCUAAAAGUAAGGAAAUAUAACAUACCACUACAAUUAGCGUGUCAGUAGCGUGUCUGUAGCGUGUUGGUAGCGUGUCCGUAACGUGUUGAUAGCAUGUAUUAUGCAAUGUCAUCCUUUUCCACUCUCAAAGAAAAUCUUUUUUAUCCACGUACUUAUUGUGUGUAGAAUGACUUGUAGCUAGCUAACUGUAGCGUUUAGGCCUAUUAUAUUUCUUAUCAUGUUUUAUGGCAUGGUGAAAAACCUCUCCGACUAGUACUAAAUGUAUCGGUUUCUUUGGUUUUGUUGGAAUCUAAUCAAAAAUUUUAAAUCAAAACAUAUAUUAUGGCCUAAUCUCAUUUUUCUCCCAACUUUUGACUUUUGAAUCAGGCAUAAAGAAAAUUCAUUGAUCUUUCUCUAGAGUUUGUAUGUAAAACUAUCGUCUAAAUCAAACAAUUGGAGAUAUCAACUUCCCAAUUGUGUACAUAUGAAGUGCAGCAAUGUUUGGUACAGCUAAAUUCAAAUCUAAAUAUGUUUAUGUGAGAAAACUAGAAUAUAUAAGGCAGUAUAACACAAAGUCUUUAUCUUCCAUAAUACUUCCAUUAUUUUUUCAUUGUUUUCAACUAAGUUAUACAAGCAAUUAAUUUUACAUUACUUGAUUUAAUUAGCAGUAUUUUAAAAUCUAAACGAUUUAAUUACUGUCUUAAAAUGUUAUUCAUAAAAAAAUUGAUUUUGCAAGUUUAUUAUAUAUGCAGUGCGUAUGUGCAUCGUAUGUGAUAGUAAAAAUUAAAAAGAAGUUUAGUAGUAUAGUUGUAAUCAUAUUCAACUUGACUUGGUUUUUAUUGACUUUUAAAUAACUUUGGUGGCAGAGGUACUAACAGGAUGCGAUAUAAAAGAAAAUGUUACAUUGUUUUGACUUUGUUAAUAUUUAUAAUUUUAUUACUUAUCUUUGCAAGAUUGCAUGCAGUUGACGAGCUGGGGGAUUACGGAGAAGUUAUUUUAAAUUUUAAACCAAUACCAACCCCAACGGUACCUUUUUCUAGCUCCUCUAAAACUGUUAUAAGAAAUGGUUCUGCUGGGGAAAGUAAAAACAUUGCAGCAGGUAUUUUGAACAUUCAUAAAAAAGUAGAAAAACCAUCAGAGAGAGUGAAGCUUCAGAAGCAGUUUUCUCAUCUUAGGAUAUCUCACAACAUUUUAAUAUCACGGAAUGGACAAUAUUAUGAUAAAUACACAGAUACAUUGCCAGCAAACACAAAGAAAAACAACGAAGGAAAAUAUAAUUUAAUUUUUCAAAUUUAUAGUGCUGGGCUCGGUAACCGGAUGUUUGUCUAUGCCUCAGGAUACGGUGUUGCCAAGAAGACUAACAGGACUUUCGUUUAUCAUGUUCUUGGGAAUCAGUUAUUAGCUGGUGUCUUUAAUUUGUAUCAAAAAGACUUUCUUCCAUCGUCACAUAAGUUUGAAAACUAUUUUAACUUAGAUAUGACUAGCUGCUGUUCAUUCUCUAAAGAUUUACUAGACUUACCGGAAGAGAACAUCAUUGUUAAAGGAUAUCAUCAAAGUUGGAAGUAUUUUAACGACUACAGAAAUGAUGUUCUUAAGCAAUUUCAAUUUAACAAAGAUAUAAACCUAAAGGCUAAGUUAUUCUUAGAUGAAAUCACACAAAAUAAAAAUGUCAGAUUGAUUGGAAUACAUAUCAGAAGAGGGGAUAUGAUGAAAGAGAGUAAUAAAGUGUAUGGUCAUGCGGUUGCUGAUAAAAAUUACCUUGAUAAUGCGAUUUCUUACUUCAACAAAAAAUACAAUUGCAUAUUUGUAGUAGCAAGCCAAGACAUGAAUUGGUCAAAAGAAGCUCUGAAAGAAUAUUCCUCACAGAUUGUCUUCAGUGAGGGUCACGAUGCUGCAUUAGAUCUAGCAAUUCUAUCCCUAUGCAAUGACACAAUUAUAACAGUUGGCACUUUUGGCUGGUGGGCUGGCUAUCUAUCUGGUGGUGAAGUUAUAUAUUAUAAAGACUGGCCUAGGAAAGGCAGCACUUUUGAAAAAUUUGUAAAUAAAGACGACUAUUUUCCUCCACAUUGGAUAGCAAUGUGAAAAUACACAAAUAAAUACACUCACAAUAUACACAA